AUGGAACGGCUACAAUCAAGUCAGAAGUAUCCACCGUUUAUCUUUCUCCCUUCAGGUUGGAUCCAUAAACUCUGGAAAUCAAAAGUAUCUUCAUCAGCACAAUGUGAACAGGAGACAAAAAAAGUCUUCUGUCAUCAUCAGCUUCACCCUCAUCGACACUGUCAUGCUCUUCUUCAUCAUCGUCGUCAAGCCCUCCAAAACCUCCACAGUCUGCUCUGAGCUGCUGUACGCCGGGUCUCUUUCCUGGAGGCAUCGCCCCGGAGCCUCAGGUGCUUUCUGAUGCAGAGGGACGCCUGACCAGGGGGUGCAAUUUCCACAGAGUUAUGCCAGGCUGUGCAGAACAGCCACUUCGGGGCUCUGCUGACCACUCCUGGCUUCCUGCAGGAGGAUUGAUGCACGUACAUAAUGCACCAGGUUCUGGCAGAGGGGUCAAUGUCCAAUCGGAUUAUCCCCCUGAUUCACAACAUGUCCCACUCUCAGUAUCCUCAGAAACUGAGGUUCUACUAUUACAUUGACCUGGGCAGGAACCCCGAGGGUUAUAAUCUCAUCAACACGAUGGUGCUCAAGUAUCUGAAAGACCUGGUGAAAAAUGAGAAGACACUUGAUGGAUGGCAUGGACACCUCGAGCGAUGGACUCAGUGGAGAAGGCAGCUCACCAAAAGACACGCUGGAGUCGGAGUAUGA